AUAAAAGCUGUACUGUCUCCUCCUGUCCUGUGAAGGGUGCUAGAGUCACUUCAGCUAGCACAGCAACCUAAUGUGCUGGGGGUUUGAUUUUAAAGGGGGAACUUUCACGCGCUUGUCUGUGUUGUUAUCGGUACCUGUAUUGUCUGUAUUUAUCGAUUAAAUUCAGCGACCUGAAAUAAAGUAGAACAAUGACUAAACUGGAUCGUCUGAACACUUUCAUGACCGAGCGCUUGAUGGCUGCUGUGAAGGAGAUCAUCUUCACAGUCGGCAGAACGGUUCGGGAGUAUGAGGAGGAAACGGAGCGAAUCCGGAGCGAAAACAAGCGAUUGAAAGAAAUGUUGCGAGACUCUGGGUGCUUCAGCGAAGAAACAAAUGCCGCUCCUGUGCAGUCUUAUCAGCUCGUCUCCCCUGGGCAGCCCGGAUGGAUCUGCAGCCAGAAUGAGGAGCCAGAACCUUUUGAAGAGAUCCAGCAGGACCAAAGCCAGAGGCUUGGUGAACAACAUCCCUUCAUAAAACCGGAAAAGCCUGAGUACUCUGUCGAUGCUUACAGGGAGUCUGUAGCUUUGCCAUCAAAAGCCAGCAUCAACAACGAAGGCUCACACGUGUGUGCCGAUCACACCGACACAAAUCCUAUUGAGGAUGAAAUGACAAACUGUCAUUUCCCAUCUAAAAUCAAAGUUGAAUUCAUGAACUCCAGCUUGUGUUCAGGCGAUGCAAUGGGAAGCACUGAAGAUGCAUAUCAGAGCUGGUCGCCACACAGUCCAGAUUUGCCUUUAGGGGCUUCAGACAUCUACAGAGCACAGCAUCCAAACCAGCCAAUAUGCGCUAACAGCGAAGCUCCUGCCACAGUAUCUCAGCAUAGCAGUUCAUCUCAUGAUGCCAAUCACGUUUCAUAUCACAACAUAUUAUGUACAAACAGGGCCUACUGUAGCAGUAAAUGCUGUGAAAUGCAAAAGAGGACAAUAGCCAAAUCAAGCCCUGUAUGGAAGUAUUUCUCUCUAAAAGAUGGAGACUGUAGCAAAGCAGUGUGCCUUAUGUGUAGGGCCGUCAUAUCUCGUGGUCGCAAAGAAUACACAACGUCGGCUCUUCUAAAGCACCUUCGGAUGAAACAUGGAAAUGCGCUAAUCUUUGGCAGUGCUAAGAAGAGACGAAUGAAAGAAAUUACGAGAAAGACUGUGUGAAAACCACUCUUGAGUCAGUAUGGACACUGGCUAUUGUGCAUCAUGGCCAACCUUUAAGUGUUUUCAAACAAAUUGUUUCAUCAAAACCUACAUCAUAUGGAGUGGGUUGAGAUAGAGAAGUCAGAAAUGUAAGCUUACAAGAAGUCAUCUAAGCUAUUUGGUUAUGGUUACAGAGAAAGAGUUGGGGAAAAAUGUCACAAUCUUUAGCCUGUAAGUAACUGGUGAAUGAAUUUCAUCAUCGUCAACAAAAUAACAGGAUGUACAUACUAGCUAGGACAAGAUUAAUCUCAAAUAAAAGUAAUAAAAAUAAAUAGAUUUAAGAAUUGUACAGACUUUUAAAGAAUAUUUUACCACCC